UCUGCGUCAGCUGUGCAACGUCACACGGAUGCGACAGUAGGCAAUAUUUCCAACAUGGCGUCCAGGCUGGAGAUUAAUUUCGUUAGGUUGCUGUCGCGGUGCGAAUCUAUGGCGUCGGACAGACGAGGAGAGGCGGAAUGGAGGCUGGAGAAGUAUGUUGCAGCCCUUGAGGACAUGUUGGUGGCUCUAAGGAAAAGCCAAAGCAAACCAACACACGAGGUUGUGACUGAAUACACAAGGAAGGUAGAUUUUCUAAAAGGACUUCUGGAGGCAGAGAAGCUGCCGUCACCGACAGAAAAGGCUCUGGCCAAUCAGUUCCUCGCUCCGGGCCGUACGCCGACGAUAGCCAAUGAGAGGAUGCCAGCCUCCAAAACGGUUCACAUGCAGUCGAAGGCGCGAUGCACGGGGGAGAUGAGAGACGAGCUGCUCGGCACGCGAUCGUCUGGCAAAGGUACCACAGAUGGAGACUUGAGAAAUAGAAGAGGCCUUCCUCUGGACGAGCGUCAGUCCGCCGCCGAGCUGGACGCCGUCCUGCAACACCACCACAACUUGCAGGAGAAGCUGGCGGAGGACAUGCUCAACCUGGCCAGAAACCUCAAGAACAACACUCUGGCAGCUCAAAACAUCAUCAAGCAGGACAAUCAGACUCUGUCUCAGUCCAUGCGUCAAGCCGACCUGAACUUUGAGAAGCUGAAGACGGAGUCGGACCGGUUGGAGCAGCACGCCAAGAAGUCCGUCAACUGGCUGCUGUGGCUGAUGCUCAUCCUGGUCUCCUUCACCUUCAUCAGCAUGAUCCUCUUCAUCCGCAUCUUCCCCAGACUCAGAUGAUGAUGACGACGCCAGUCCGGGCCGGCCCCCUCCGCUUACCCUGGCUGAACCUGCGGGCCUCCUGCGUCUGUUUCCUGUGAUGCAGGUCAACUGUGAGCAGGACUGAAACAAGCCGGUUAAACUGACUGAAAUAUCUGAAGGCUUGAAGGCACAGCAGGAGGUCUCAGCUGGUGUGGGAGCAACCCCUUACCUCCUGUGGCGCCCCCUGGAGGACGGAGCUCUUAGACCCAAUUGUUGCAUCAUUUAAUGAACAAUAUGUAGAAACUAUUCCUAUUUAUAGAUAUCUCAGCUCUCUGACGCAGCAGCUUAGUGUCUACUGCCCUGUGAUUUCUUAAUAAACGGGUGAAUGAUGCACAGCAGUGGUAAUCAGACAUAAUGAUGGUGGGAACCUGAACGCUUCUGUAAGGUGUUGCACAUUAUUCCUGCUAUAAACUCUAUUAACUGUGCUGUAGCUCAUGAUCCAUUUAUAAAAGGCACUAAUAGUAAAAGAUAUCAGGAGGUG